AGGCUCUGCCCCUGCGGGCUGGUGACGCUGUCUCUCCCCCAGGACUACGUGGAUGCGCUCAAGGGGCUCUGUUAUGACGGCAUGGAGGGGCUGCUCUUCCUGCUGCUCUUCUCCCUCCUCUCGGCCCUCGCCUUCACCACGGCCGUCUGCAGCCUGCCCCGCGCCUGGGAGAGGUUCCACAGCAGGGACGCGGAGUAUGAGGACACGGAGGACGACGACCCCUUCACCCCUCAGGCACGUAGCCCCCCGCCCCGCUCCAGCCUGCGCCUCUCAGCCCCACCCAUUUCCAACGCCCCCGUCUCACAGUACAUGUGAGUAGCCCCCCCCUUCCCCCCCAUGGACUGCAGCCAGGGCCCGGCGGGUGCUGGGCAUCCAUCCCUCGCUCCCCACCCUGUGUCUGUCUGUCCCACCCCACCAGCCAGCUGGCCCUGCUGUGGUUCUCUGUCCCCACUGCAUCCGUCUCUCCGUUUGUCCGUCCAACCACCCAUCCAUCCCCAUUACACCCCCAUCCAUCCAUCCCCCCCCAGGUACCCCUCCCUCUGUUCCCUCUCUCCCUCAUUCUCGAAUCUAUCGCUUUUCUUCCCCAGCCGUCCCACCGGCCCCUUCCCCACCGGCCCCUGCAACAGCUCUGGCUCAGCUGCGCCGGCACUCGCCAGACCCCGUCCUGCCUGGGACUUAGGGGUCAGGUGCCCUGGUGCUGAGCUGGGCCUGGCGCUGAUGGGUGCCUCCUCCAUAUUGCCCCCUAUCCUGCCUUGAUGGAUGGGGCGGGGGGCAGUCCAGGAGACCCUCCCCAACCAUCAGUGGGCCCCAACCUCCCAUAUGCACCCCUCCAGCCAAUCUCUGUCCCUCUCUGCUAUUAAAGCUAUCCCCCGAGCCACCACUGAGGGGCAUAUGGCAACCGCCCCCCAACACACUCUCCUGUUGUUUCUGGGUUUACUCUGCCCAGAACUCAAGGGUUAAUUAUAACAAUAUCAGCUAGUGGGGGAUGGGCCUCUAGGUCUGUUCAGACCAAAUCAGACCCAUGGGCCCCUCUAGCCCGGUAUCCCGGCUGCUGCCCUGCGACAGAGCCAUGGACCCCUCUAGCCCGGUAUCCCGGCUGCUGCCCUGUCAGAGUCAUGGGCCCUUCUAGCCCAGUAUCCCGGCUGCUGCCCCGCAACAGAGCCACGGGCCCCUCUAGCCCAGUAUCCUGGCUGCUGCCCUGGUUCAGACCCAUGGGCCCCUCUAGCCCGGUAUCCCGGCUGCUGCCCUGGUUCAGACCCAUGGGCCCCUCUAGCCUGGUAUCCCGGCUGCUGCCCUGCGACAGAGCCAUGGGCCCCUCUAGCCCGGUAUCCUGGCUGCUGCCCUGGUUCAGACCUAUGGGCCCCUCUAGCCCGGUAUCCCGGCUGCU